AGGGAUUGAGGCUGUAAUUAAAUUGGAUCUUGGGGUUGGGUAGUAGUCAUCGUUGCUGCUGUUUAUCAUCCAGAAGUUAUAUCUUAAAGCAAUGGAUAAGUCAUGGAUUGAGAUGCCACGAAAUACAAUGGCGUAUGAGGAAGGUGUAAAGAGAUUUAUUGACUUUGCCUUUGAGCGUAGUUCAAUUGAGGGUAAAAUUAUAUGCCCUUGUCCUCGAUGCGAAUUUAGAAAGAGGCAAACUAGAGAUGAGGUGUAUGACCACCUGAUUUGUAAGCAGUUACCGAAAGGUUACACCUUUUGGUUUGAUCAUGGAGAAACUAUGAAUAAUUCUCCUCAAAAUGUUCCAAAUUCAGUAGAACAAACCAUGGUUGAUGAAGAUCCUAUUCAAAACAUGAUCAAUGGUGCUUUUGGAGUUGAUAUGCACCAUGGAGAAGAAUCAAACGAAGACGUCCCCGAUGGUGAAGGAGUGAUACCAGAUGCAACUCAAGAAAGGCAUGAAACUAGAGACUUUUAUGACUUAGCAAGAGAUGGAGAACAACCUUUGUAUGAAGGGUGCACAAAGUAUUCUAAGCUUUCUUUUCUGGUGAAGUUGUAUCAUAUCAAGACCUUAUGCGGGGUGACUGAUAAGGCUAUGACGAUGAUCUUAGAACUACUACAUGACGCAUUUGAACAUGCGAAGAUUCCAAGUUCAUUCUAUGCGGGGACAAUCAUCGGUUGAAUGGGAUGCUAAAAAGUCAUGAUUUUCAUAUAUUGAUGGAGCAAUUUUUACCAUUGGCUAUGCGGGGGUCACUGCCUGAUGAGGUUUCGGCUGUUUUGAAUGAAUUGUCUUCAUUCUUUAGGCAAUUAUGUGGUAAAGUGUUGAAUGUGAAAGCUUUAGAUAAACUACAACAUGAUAUUGUGCUCACUUUAUGCCACAUGGAAAUGUUAUUUCCCCUUUCAUUCUUCACGGUCAGUGUUCAUUUAAUUCUAAGCUUGU